UUUGUUAAUCAGGUUGCCCCGAAGGCUGACGGGUAACGCGGGGUCAUCUGAAGCGUGCGGUUCCAGCUCCGUCUUUGUUGUGUUGUGCGAGUUUUGUUGACAAACAUUUGUCCUUGUACUCUAUUUUCCAACAUCAACAAUGAGCGGAGGCGUUUACGGAGGAGAUGAAGUAGGCGCUCUUGUGUUUGACUUUGGUGCUUACACCACGAGAGCUGGAUAUGCCGGGGAAGACUCUCCAAAAGUUGAGUUCCCCACCCAUGUUGGAGUGGUGGAAGGGACAGAGGCGAUGGACACAGGCUCGAGCGGAGACAAGCCUCAGGGGACAGAGAAGAAGGUUUACAUCGACUACAACUCACUGUUUGUCGCACGGGAGAACAUGGAGAUGACCACUCCUCUCAAGGAUGGCAUGAUUGAAGACUGGGACUUGUUCCAGAUGAUCCUGGACCACAUCUACAAGAAACACAUCCACUCUGAACCUGAACUUCACCCUGUACUCAUGUCUGAAGCACCUUGGAAUGUGCGAGGGAAGAGGGAGAGACUGACUGAGCUCAUGUUUGAACACUACAACAUCCCGGCUUUCUUCCUGUCCAAAACAGCUGUACUCUCAGCUUUUGCCAAUGGGCGCUCCACAGGUAUUGUUGUAGACAGCGGUGCCACCUCCACCACUGCAGUACCUGUACAUGAUGGGUAUGUCUUGCAGCAAGCCAUAGUGAAGUCUCCUCUGGCAGGGGACUUCAUCACCAUGCAGUGUCGACAACUGUUCCAGGAGCUAAACAUUGAUGUGAUACCACCUUACCAGAUUGCAGCCAAGGAACAAGUCCGAGACACUGCCCCGCCGGUCUGGAAAAAGAAAAAUGUUCCGACCACGACAAAGUCCUUCCACAACUACAUGGUGGAUGAGGUGUUGCGAGACUUCCAGGCGUCUGUUUUGCAGUUGUCAGACAGCCCGUAUGAGGAACAGGUUGCUGUCCAGAUGCCCACCAUCCACUAUGAGCUGCCAAACGGCUACAACCAGGACUUCGGCAGUGAGAGAUUUCGUGUGUGUGAGGCUCUGUUUGACCCUUCAGUUGUGAAGGGCAUGGCCAGUAACACCAUGUUGGGAGUGGGGCAUUCUGUCACCACCAGUGUAGGCAUGUGUGACAUAGACCUCAGGCCGGCCCUGUAUGGUAGUGUUGUAGUGACGGGGGGAAACUCUCUACUCUCAGGAUUCACCGACAGACUCAACAAAGAACUGAGCAGUAAAACACCUCCGAGUAUGAGGUUGAAGAUGAUCCACAACAGUGGGACAGCCGAGCGCAGGUUCAGCAGCUGGAUAGGAGGGUCCAUCCUCGCUUCACUGGGAACGUUCCAACAGAUGUGGAUCUCCAAGCAGGAGUAUGAAGAAGCUGGGAAGGGCUGUGUGGAGAGGAAGUGUCCGUAGUCACACCUGUCUGUCCCAAACAUAAACCUACUAAACUCUAGCACAUCAGCAAAAUGCACUGCACCUGCACAAAACCAGUUAUGUGUUGUACAUAGCACUUUGGAGGAAUGUCGCACGUAAGGUCGAGUAUGUAAGGUUAACAUCCCGUCUGUAGUUUUCAAAUGUUAUGUCGGAAAAGAUGUCAAAAUUCUAAUGCAACAUUAACCAAAAAUCCUACGAAAAAUCGGGGUUUUGCACAGGCGCAGUACAUUCUCCCGACGUGCUACUAAACUCUGUAUUUAUCUAAAGACAAGGCAGUCAUCUAAAGAGAUGAGCAUUGCUUCUGUUUGACUGGUAAAGGUAGCUGAUAUGGAGGGACAGUUAGGGUAACCAGUUUGAAAACUUUUCAAUUGAUGUAAAGGGUAUCAAACUACAUGUACUUGAAAAACAUUUUUGGAAAACAUUGAAAAACAUCAUGUAAAAUGCUGGGUGCUUGACAUAUUUGUAGUUCUGAGUGAUAUUGGCAUAUAACACUUUUAAUAUGAGGCAUAGAUACAUACCACAGAUCAGAUCUGUUUUAUGACUUGUUAGAAGUACAAGCUGUGCAAGAGUCAUUACACUUUGUAUAUGUGCCCCUUCUCGCAUUAUCCUACUUUUCUGUAGCUUCAUGUUCUCACAUCUCACUACAGUUAAGUUUGGUGACUGAUCAGUACAUAUGACAACUACAGUUCCACGAUUUCAUACCUUCGCCAAAUGAUGUUAACUUUUAAAACUCAUGACUUGUAGCUGUCUCUCACUGAUUAUGCAAAUAAGAUCAUUAGCUAAACUUAGGUCAUAUUCUCCAUUACAUAGCUUUACAUACAUUAUACAUGUAUAUACCUGGAAGUGUUUGAACUGGCUAGGGUCUUAGUUUGUAUACCAUGCAUAGGAUAAGAAAUAGAUAUGGUCUCAUUUACAUGUGAAUGAAAGUCUUU